AUGGAGUCGGCAGACCACAACCCGCUUCUGUCGUCACAGAAGUCCUCAGACUCAGGACUGCAGGCCGUCCUUCACCCCCUUGUCCUCCUCACCAUCUCCGAUUACAUCACACGACACACGCUCAGAAAGCAGCCCGGCCCGAUUGUUGGUGCAUUGAUAGGACAGCAGAAUGGGCGAGAGGUCACAAUAGAGCAUGCAUUUGAGUGUGCUACUAUGGCCAAAGAUGGAGAUGUCCACCUUGAUGCUGACUGGUUUGCCCAGCGCAUAACACAAAUGAAAAUCAUCCACAGCUCGCCCCAACUCGACCUUGUUGGCUGGUACACAUUACUUCCAAAGAGCGGCCCGACAGCAUCCAUCCUCCCUAUCCACAGCUGGAUCCUGUCCGAACACAAUGAGUCGUCACUCUUGCUUGGUUUCCACCCAGAGGAAGCAGUCGAUCACUCUGCAGGCAGCAGACUGCCUUUGACCAUCUACGAAUCGAACUAUGAGGUGGACGAGCCAAAGACCGACCAAGGAGAAGACAAGGAGAUGCGAGAUGGGGAACCACCGCUCAAGUUGAAGUUCCGCGAGUUACCGUACUCAGUGGAGACCGGUGAAGCGGAGAUGAUCAGUAUGGACUUUGUCGCGCGAGGAGCCGGCAAUGCCACUGCAGUGGCGCCUAGGGACCAAAAGAAGGCUGCUGCGGCUGCUGCUGGGAAAAACCCUAAAGGCAAACAGCCGAUGACUGGCAAGGAUGAAGACGACAAGGAAGCUGAAGCUGAGGAGCACAUCUUGUCCAGAGAGGAUGAGGAGAUGAUUGGGGCACUCACAGCCAAGGCGAACUCCAUCAAGAUGCUGCAGUCACGUAUUAACCUGCUGACCACGUACCUCGAACGCCUCCCUCCCUCUUACCUGUCCGGAGGCCAUGCUGCAGCUCCUGGCUCUGACAGCGAGCACACCACACCUUCAUACACGAUCCUCCGUUCGAUUCAAGCCCUCGUCAACCGAUUGUCACUCAUGGUCCCGUCAGCUGCUGAGGCAUACGAACAGGAGAUGCUUAGCGAAGCCAACGAUGUACACCUGAUGGAGUUGAUGAAUGACGUGAUGCAGAGUGUCACAGAGGCAAGAAGCAUCGGCAGGAAGUUUGGCAUCGUGGAAGGCGCCAAGACUCAGAGCAAGAAGAUCGCGGACAACUCGAGUUACUUUCUUGCCGGAGACCUGACAGUCUAG